UGUGUAUGUCCGUGUGAUCUAUGACGUCACCAGGUUGCAUUGCGGGGACAAGGCGAAUGUCGAUGCAGUUACCUUUGUACCAUGUGACAGUUUGGUUGGUUUGCGCGCUGGCUCAGGAAGAUGGAGGCGAACGCGGCUCUUGUUGUGAUAACCAUGUGGGCGUGCACGGGCGUGGUGGCGGUCUCGGUGAUGGUGUGUGUGACAGCGAAGAUGAAGGCGUCGGACCCCAACGUCCAGAUCAAUGACUUCACUCAGCUGGACUUCAGCAACGUGCCGGACGUCCCCCUCGGGAACCCGGACUCGAUGGACCUCGAUGUGAUAGGCGCGCCGUUGAGUCCCACAGACUUCACAAACAGCGAAACGAUGUCCCACGACCCCAUCCAGAACAGCACCGAGUUCGACCCGAUCAUGAUGGCCGGCAUGUUCCAGGGGGACAUCCUGCUGCACACCGAAGAGGAACUCAUGCAGAUGACGAUGCCUUAUCAGCCUAGAGGGAGGAACGCCAUCAUCAGCGAGGAUCGACGUUGGCCCAAUGCUGUUGUUCCUUAUGUUAUUUCUUCGUCCUACAGCAAGAGCGAGAGGAGCACCAUCGCAGCGGCCAUGGCGGAGUUCCACAGAUCCACGUGCAUCCGCUUUGUUCCCCGAAACUCUGAGAAGGACUAUAUACACAUCUUGAAAGGAGAUGGGUGUUACAGCUCGGUGGGUCGGACCGGCGGGGCGCAGGCGGUGUCCGUGGGGUUGGGAUGCCUUCACGUGGGCAUUGUGGAGCACGAACUCAUGCACGCUACGGGCUUCUGGCACGAGCACUCCCGCUUCGACCGGGACGACCACAUCACUAUCGACUACUCCAACAUCCAGGACGGCAUGGAGUACAACUUCGAGAAGUAUGACUGGGACACCAUUCAGAGCCUGGGCGUCGGCUAUGACUUGGGUUCCAUCAUGCACUACGGCUCGCAUGCCUUCGCGAGCGACCGGACGAAACCCACGAUCAUCCCCCGACCCGCUUCGGCCGAGAUCGGGCAGAGGCGUGGAUUCUCCAGGAGAGACAUACAGAAACUGAGCCUCUUGUACGACUGCGACGGUUUCACGACCGGGACAGUGACGACUCCAACCCCCGUUGUUCCUCCUGCACCAGGCGGGUGCGAAGACAGCCACAGGCACUGCAGUACGUGGGCGCAAGGUGGAGAAUGCGAGAAAAACCCAGACUGGAUGUUAACAAACUGUCGAAAGGCGUGUAACAAAUGCGAAAACACGUGUAAAGAUACGAACAUGUUUUGCAAAGAGUGGAGUCAGAUGGGCGAGUGCACACGAAACGCGCCGUACAUGAGCCUUUUCUGUAAGAAGUCGUGCGGCGUCUGUGACGAGGCUGAACCAGACCCAGAACCAACGAAGCCAAAAAAAUGCAAGAACCAAAACAAACACUGUAAGGCGUGGGCAUCCGAUGGCCAGUGCAGAGUGAAUCCUGAUUACAUGCUGGACAAGUGUAAGAAGGCGUGCAGAGCUUGUUAGUAAUACGCGAACUGGCAACCGACGAAUCUGAGGCCGCAUUUCUCUGUUAUUUGAGAUGUUUAAUGUGAUGAGACAAGUAUAAGAUUUUCAAGUGGGCAUUCGGUGGGAAAUAUAUAUAUAUAUAUGUGUGUGUGUAUGUGUGUGUGUGUGUGUGUGUGUGUGUGUGUGUGUGUGUGUGUGUGUGUGUGUGUGUGUGUGUGUGUGUGUGUGUGUGUGUGUGUGUGUUUUCAGAGCUGGUGACUUCACCCAAUAAGAACGAAUAUCUUAUCAA